AUGGUCGGGGGAGGUGGAAAUCAGUCAAAGGAAGAAGUGCUUGGCUCCUCUGCAAUGCCUCCCAUCAUCUAUCAAAGUCUUCUUGUGAUUCUGCUGGCUGCCAUCUUGCAUAUUAAGCGAGCCCACACCCUGAUGUGUUUCUCAUGUGGACAAAAGAACAAUUUAUACUGCCUGAAACCAACCAUCUGCUUCAGCUGCUCUCCCAUCUGCGUUGGCCUGAGCAUUGACCUGGGUAUGGUGUCAGCGGGUUCCCACUGCUGCCAAGGAUUCCUGUGUAACAUGAGUGCAGCCAGCAGUGGGUCUUGGGUCAGUGCCACUGUGCUUGGCCUUGGGCUCCUACUUAGCCUGCUGGCAGAAUUGCUGAAGCCCAGUCCCUAA